UAGAGCCGUCGGUCUAUAACAGCUCUGCCAACGAUGCGUUGGAUAAAUUGCUUGAUAUUUUGCUCGGCGUGAUAGAAUGGAUGACUUCGCGUGUUUUUGAAAUGCUUGGAACCGGGUGCUGCGGUGCUGGUGGGUACAGGGAUAUCAGCAAGCACCCCAAAAUUACAAGGCGCACGGUUAUGAUAGAUCGAGAAAAGCUCGAUAGCAUGGAGGGCCUACUGUCAAAGACCGUGAAAACGUGGAAAGCUCUGGACAUGAGGUACGCACAUUUACUGGGCGCUUUGGCUGCAGCCUGUUCGGUGGUCACUCCGAAGUUUGCGAUGUUUACCUCGAGGCUGCAAGAUUAUCGUGCAUGAUUUUGUAUGAAUGCAUGUCCACUUACAAUGCAGAAUGAACUUCGGGAGCGACUGAGUUGACUCAUGUGUAUAUCCUUUUCCUGACGUUUUACGUCGUUCAAUUCAAUGUCUUCUUGUGCGU